GGCAUAUGACCUCGUCUGCUAUCGCCGAACGUACUAGGUGAAAGAGUAUUAAAGGAAGACUCAGAGUCUUGAGAAUAAUCAUUCUUUAACAUGAGUGAGAUCCAGCGGAGAGUCGCCAUCAUUGGCGCUGGUGUUUCCGGGUUGACCCAAGCUAUUGCUCUCAAAAACAAGCUUGACUUUCACAAUUUCACAAUAUUUGAGAAAGGGUCUGAAGUCGGUGGAGUGUGGCGGGCCAACAAAUAUCCUGGAUGCUCGUCGGAUGUCGAGAUUCACUGGUACAGCUUAUCAACAGACCUCUAUCCAUACUGGAACAAGUCCCAUGCCCUUCAACCGGAGAUUCAAGCCUACUGGAUUGAGCUCUCAAGGAAAUAUAAUCUGUACCCGCACAUCGCAUUCAACACGAAAGUGUUAUCUGCCGAGUGGGAUGAUACCAAACAACAGUAUACUAUCGUCGCGGAAGAUGUUUUUUCAGGCAAGCGGACGACGAGUGUGGCCCACGUCGUGAUAUCUGCCCUUGGUAUUUUGGAGGCCCCAAAGAUGCCAUACGAGAUCCCUGGAGUUGGGAAGUUUCAGGGGGCUUCGUUUCACUCCGCACAGUGGCCAGGCUCAAUAGAUCUGCAGAAUAAGCGUGUUGCAGUGAUUGGAAAUGCCUCUUCCGGAGCACAAUUCGUACCAUCUGUAUCUGAAGAUCCGUCUGUUGAAGUAGUAAACUUUAUCCGCACUCCGACCUGGUUCAAUACUCGACCACAUAUUCCGUACUCGGACACUGCGAAAUGGAUGUUUGCUAACAUCCCCCUGGUGAUGCGACUGCACCGAGCUUGGAUCAUGUUCCGGACCGUUGCUCCCCUUCACUUACCCAUGGGUGAUAAAGCUCUCCAGAAACAACGUGACGCGAUGACGAGAUACAUUCUCGAUAACAUACCGGAUAGAUACCAUUCUCAUAUGAUACCUGAUCAUCCUCCAGGUUGCAAGCGGACUGUCGCGGACAGUGGUUUCCUGGAAAGUCUCUAUCGCUCUAACGUGACACUGAACUUCGACGGAAUCACCGAGGUAGUGGAGAAUGGCAUCAUCACAGAAACUGGUGAAAUGUUACCAUUUGAUGUCAUUGUAUACGCGACCGGAUUCAUCGGCGAGCGGUACCCGAUGCACGUUCGUGGCUUGAAUGGAGCCACUGUCCAAGACUAUUAUGAUGCGCACGGUGGCCCUACCGCAUACCUCGGGACUACAAUUCCAAACACACCAAACUUUUACUUGAUCAAUGGACCAAAUACUGGAACACGAGCAUCGGCGUUGUUCAUUGCAGAAGUGCAAGUAAGUACACCUUGGUUUUUGUAUCUUUCUACUCAAGUUUGUCGCAAGGUUGCAUACAUCCUUCAACUCAUAGAGCCGGUCCUUACCGGUUCUGCCUCGUCUUUCACCAUCAAAGCCACACCCACAGAUGUAUACAACUCCAAGCUGCAAGAAGAGCUCUCUCGCUCGGUGCACGUACACUGUUACUCUUGGGCGCGUACGAACGGUACAGACAAGGCAUUCUAUCCGUUUCCUUGGCCUUCGACGGUUUGGUGGUGGAUGCUUCGUAGACCGAAUUGGGAUCAUUAUAUGGCACUCGGGGCCAAGAAAUGGGUAUGGGCAAGACGAAUGAAGGCUGUCAAGGAAAUUUUGAAAUGCAGUGCAGUCUUGAUGCUAUUGUGGUCAUAUAUCAGCGGCUCUGCGCAGCGGACAUGGUGGCAAGCGACUACCACGACUUGCGACUACUUGAGUAAAUUUGCCUUCCGUCUUUGAGGUGCCAUAGGUCUACGAGACACAUCAUGAAUAUGUGAAGUAGAAACUGGUUGGCUUGCCUCCUGAUCUUACAAUGGACUUUGCCUAUGGGUGGAAUUUGCACAUCAACGAAGCGUCGGUGGAGAGUAGUGAUGCGCGCGCGCGCAUUUCUUACCAACCAUUUUCAACUGACAUAUUUUGUUGCACUGCGCAUAUCGAACAUCCCGCAUUGAUGAAAUAAACUCCGUCGUCCAGUGGCGCAGUUCUUUUGUCGAAAGUGAAAAGGAAGAUCACUGGCACUAGGUCCUCUGCAUCAGACACACCUGUUAUCAAGAGCAUAGGGAGAAACACUUUGGAUUGCAACAAUGCCGUGGAAAGAGCAAGAGGAAGCCGUAAUGAUGUUGAACUGAGAGCAGCUCGAUACACGGUACAACUUGGUCAGGAAGAAAACUGUUUAAGGCGGCACCAAAAGGGUUCAAGUGGAGUGCGCGUGUGGCGUCGACGC